UUUUUUUCACAGUUAAACCAUGAGAUGUUACAUUUACAUGAGAAAAGUUACGAGUACAUACGUGUGGUGAUAGAAACUGCAAUAAAAUAUAAAUUUAGAUAUUUGGUUCAAUACAUUUACAGUGACCUGACAAUAAAGAUAGAGUCAAAACAGAUACUAGAUUUGUAUACGCUGGUACGCAAUGCCAAUUUAUUAAACAAUGAAUGCGUGCGGAACACGAUACAGUCUUUAAUAGAACAGGAAAAGUCGAUUGAAGAAGUUAUCAAUCAACUGGAAAUUUUAUCCGAUGCAAAAGAAAUCAGCAUGCUCUACUCGAUGAUUUUCCAACGUGCCAGAAAGGAAAUAGUUUUUGGGAAAUGGUGGAAAACGUUUCGGCAGUUUUUCAUCAAAUAUACCCCACCCGCCUACUACGUCCAAUUGGUAAUACAAGAAUGUCUUUACGCGCAAGAGAACGAAGCGUUCAUUAACGAUGUCGCUGUGAAUUUAAUAAACAAGCUAACCAUCGGUUACUCACUGACUCCAGAGUUACGAGAUAUAUUGCCAUUAUUUUUUAAACUACAAGACAGAAUUACAGAGGUCUCUAGAAAGGGUACAAGUGUUAACGUACAAGUUGAACAGGAUUACAGCCUAUUUUCUGUCAAUGUAGAAAGUAGAAGUAUCACUAGUAUUAAGAAGUCGGAACAGUAUGUCUCUCAGCACCGUACUAGUCAUACAUUUGAUACAAGAGAACCUCCAAUAUUCGAUCCACCGUCUAAUUUAUCAACGUUAGAGAGUCCAGUCUACAGUGUAGGUAGUACUCUGCAACUGAAUGUUUAUGAAGGUGAUAGAAGUAAUAUCCCCAGUAACGAAAGUGCACAAAUUGAAUGUGAUACUACAAUUAAGUCACCUUACGUUACUGAUGUACCAUGGGUUAUGCAUAGAAUCGAAAACCUACCGGAACCAAGUUCACCACAUCAGCAUCGCUUCUGGAAAUUUAACAUUGAUUUGAUAAGUUUGAGAGAAGGCAUCCAACACAAAGAUUACAAACACGUACUUCAGAUCCUUGACAAAUAUUCAAAAUAUGAAAACAAUAUCUUUCUGAAAGGAUGCUAUAAUAUACUACGCAAUAAUAUUAUGUCGUCGGACGAACACUUAGUCAACAUUAUCAAGAUUUCAGUCCAAACUGGAAUGAGCUCCAUCUUGGAAGAGACAUUGUUCACCCUAGGCAGAUACGUCUUAAUAGAGCUAGCUGACAACGGAUCGUGGGUAUUAGCCUAUAAGUUACUGAAAACACUUAAAAUUUAUGAAUCGCGAUUUAAUGUUGGAUUCAUUUUGCUAUCUGCCGAAAUAUAUAUAGCCAAUGAUCGCCCGCUAAAGGCCCUUGAGAUUCUUAGACGUGAGUUAUAUAUUUACCCCAAGCAUAAUGAUGCACAAUUAGCACCAAGUAGACAAAAGAUAUUUUUUAUUCUAAAAAAAACAUUUAUUACAGAAACCAAUGUGAUUUUUACUAAUCGAAAGAAAUGGAAGAUACCUAGUGAAAGUAGAGAUGAAGAUUUGCGGGUCAUAAUCAUUUCGCUCUUACUAGAGUCGCUCUGUGGUAAUUUUGUGGAAAGUGCCUUCGCCUUAUACGACACUUUGCUAGGGGAUCAAUAUUGUAUUUACUUUCCAAUAGACCUUCCACACUAUAUAGAUAAACUAACUUUAGCGCUUUUGACAACUGAAAAAUAUGAUUUACUCAUUGAACUGGCUAGACUAUUGAUACCGUACAAUUUUAUGCUACGACCAAAUAUAUUCAGAGCAGUGAUAGUAACGGCUACUACUCGUGACAUAAUAUUAGCUAACCAACUAUUUCAAUAUGGCGCCAAAUUGGGAACGUAUCAAGCAAUAAAGCUAAAUACUCCCGUAUUCCUAAUUAUAAACACCAGGUGGAUGGAGGAGGAAAUAUAUCUGACAGUCACUGAAUUAAUUCAACAACUUUUCAUGGAAAUCGGACACGCGAUUGAUCGCAUGCGCGUCAGACAACUUGCAGUUUACGUGUCCUUUGAGACUAUACCGUCGUCGAGGGAGCUCCAAUUAAGCGAAGUAAGAAAAUAUGACAAUAAACACAACAUUAAUAGCACUAGGCAGGUCAUGGAAAAUAUUUUGAAAAAAAGAUUCGAUCCUCCUCUUGGAUUUGUUCAAACGCACAAAGGAAAAUUUGCCAAAUUUAGUAGCGAGAAAUUGAUCAACUACAUGAAAUCUACACAUGUAGCAUUGUGAUAUGAUAUAUAACUUUAUCCUUAUUAUUACAUAGAUACAGGUUUGAUAAUGUACCGUUACGGUUAUCAAACAAUCCUUUUUUUUAUUUCGACAAGACGCCAGUAUUCAAGACUACAGUGGUACAUAGUUCCUUUUAAGUUUUUUUAUAUAAAUUUUUCACGAAGUAAGAAUGUAGACUGAAUAUCGAUAACUAACU